AUGCCACAAGCUGUGCCACAUACACGGACUGAAAUUCCUUGGGAAAGCUUGAGAGGAACAAUAGAAGAACUUUAUCUCCGUCAAAACAGAACCAAUAAAGAAAUCAUUCAGUAUGUUGCUAAAGCUAGAGAUGGCUUGACUAUCACCAAGAGCCAACUCGAAUACCAACUGAAAAAGUGGAAAAUUCGCAAAAAUUUGAAAAAAGAAGAUUAUAUACUGGCACAAAUCGAGAUAGAUAAGAGCAAGUCGAUUGGUUCUGUAGGUCACGCUACGCAUGAGGUUUACCUGAACGGGGUCCGCCAAUCAUCGCGGAAGCUUAGAAAGGGUUUCUGGAGGCAUAGAGCUUUUGAAGGGGCCCAGCGGAAAAAUGGCUUGGAGAUCAUCGAUCCGAUGUUGUCCCAGAACGCUAGCGGAUCUCAGCAAGAUAAUGCGCACUUGCAGUCUUCCGGCUCGGGGCUUAGGGCUCAGACAUCAUAUGAAGUCACUGAUGAGCCUAUUGCAAACUACGAUAUCGAUAUGCAUGAUUUGGCCCCGGACCUAUAUCCGCAUGCACGAAUCGAGAACUCCCAUGUUACAAGGAAUGUUCUGGAGCCAUCCAGAUCUGCUUCGGGUGUCCGUCUCUCUAUCACUCGUGCCGGAGAAACCAACUUUAUUUACGAUUUCAUCCAACGAACACUCUCUGUUAUGCAUAACGAAUUCUGGGACGAUUUGGAAUGGGAGCCGACAGUUCUCAAGCUGCUCAAAGCUCACAAGCUCGACAGUCUUCUCACUUGCAUAGUAAGCAUAGACACAAAAGAGUCGGUAAAAUUGGGAAACUAUCUCGUCGGUGCCGUAUGUCACAAGUAUCAAGAGAACUAUGGUUUCGACGACUUAUAUGUUCUAUUACUGUGUGGCUGCAAGCCAAGCGCUGAGACACUUAACACCACCUAUCGCUGUGAAGAUAUCCGGAAGACUCAAUAUCUAUGUCAGUUCUGGGGUGGGAUGGAUUUGGAAAUGCACAGCCAGUGCGACCUUGGACUCCGGCAUAAUUCGACGGCAAUUUUGGAAGUAUUGGCACUCUCGGCCGGUAUUAACCGACAUACCCGUCUUCCACACGUGUGUAAAUUAUACGAACAGAGCGGGCUCUCUGUUGGCCCCUCCUGGAAAUUUCUAACAUUCAAUGAUCAAGAUACGCAUGGCCAUAUGACUGGGAACGAGACUGUCUGGAUCACAUGA